AUGGACACAAUUCACGUGGACACAUUUAAAUCAUUGACGACAUUGAAAACACUUUCCUUGACCCAGAAUAAACUUAGUGGUUGGAAAGUUUCUGUUUUCAAAAACCUCUCAAAUCUCGUUAGCUUGAGACUAGAUAAUAAUAGGAUUUCUACUUUAAACAAAACAUCUAUACCGCCAGACAUCCUGAAUAAUCUCCAGACCCUUACUCUUGCCUACAACCCCUUUGAUUGUGGAUGUGAUUUGAUUUGGUUUAAGAACUGGUGCCAAGAAACAAAUGUGACACUUUUGAAUUUUCCGGACAGGUAUGCUUGUACGACGCCUCCCAAGAUGCUUCGGAAGCCGAUACUGACUCUAAGUCUUACCCCAGAAGACUGCAAAGAGAAAAACCCAUGGAUUGUUAUCGUUAUAUCAACUUCAGCAUCGGCGAUUUUUCUUAUUAUUGUUUCCGUUAUGAUUUCCAUGAACUUGCCAACCAUCAAAAAUGUUAUUUACUAUUACCGUUUAAAAAGUAGGGGAUAUGUUAGACUUCUAAAUGAGCAAGAAUUCAAAUAUGAUGCAUAUGUUGUAUAUUGUGAAGCAGAUGAGAAAUGGGUUUUGCGAAAGCUUGUUCCACAGUUGGAAGCCAGAGGAAUAAGAUUGUGCAUUCCUGAUCGAGAAUUCGUAGUUGGUGCAGAGAGAUGCAGCGAAAUAGAAGAUGCUUUCAAGGAGAGUAAAAAAAUAUUAGUGGUGUUAUCAAAUGAAUUUGUGAAGAAUGAAUGGUGCCUUUGGCAAAACAAUCUUGUGGAAGAAAGAAUAAGACAGCGUGGAGAAUCUACUGUCGUGUUUUUGUUAUUUAAAACCAUCAAUAGCAAAAACAUGAUUUCGUCUGUGCACAGAACUCUUAAAAAAAAGAUCAGUUAUAACUUGGAAUGA